GUCACAGCUUGUGGGGCAGCACAUUUAUUAGACACAGUAGCAGGGAAAGACAGGGGAAACAAGCAGUUGUAAAGAAAUAAAUAGAAUGAGAGAGGGAGUUGGAUACAAGCUGUCAGAAAAGAGAGAGUAUAGAUAAACACAAAACUAUUCCCACCCUACUCAGAUCCAUUGCUCUUCAUCACCCUCUUCGUCAUCCUCUGAAGUCUUGAUUGUGUAGUAAGAGCCGAUAACCCUCACUAUGGCUAAGAAUGGCAGUUCCCUCCUCCAUUAUCUCAACAAGUCCACUUCCACCUCUAUCCUCUUCACCAAAGGCACUGUUGAGGAUUCCAGCAUCGUGAGUAACGACGCCACCACAGCCAUAGGAGCCCUCAUCUUGGGCCUGGUCUUCCUCCUCGGCGUCCCAGGAAACCUCUUCAUCAUUUGGAGCAUCCUGGCCCGUGCCCGCCGACGCUCCGUUACCACCCUCCUCAUCCUCAACCUCGCGUGUGCCGACGGCUUUCUCAUAUGCCUAACCAUCUUCUUCAUAAUUUAUCUGGCCAGGCAGAACUGGGACUUUGGCGACCUCAUGUGCAAGGGGCUGUUUUACCUGUGCAACACUAACAUGUACGCCUCCAUCUUCCUCAUCACGCUGAUGAGCCUGCAUAGGCUAGUUGCGGUGGUGUGGCCCCAUCGAGUGGCGGCCCUGGCCAGCAAGAAGAUAGUAGUGAGGGCAAUAGCUGUGCUCUGGGCCCUAGUGUUCUCAAUUUCUAUCCCUGCUCUGGUGUUCAGGCAGGUGAGGUAUGAUCAUGAUGAACAGAACAACACCCGCCUGGUGUGUGCCUCAAAUCACUCCCGGUCUCAAUAUGUGGUGUACCAGUACACCUUUGAGACAGUAGUGGGAUUCCUGGUUCCGUACGGGGUUAUAGUGAGCAGCUACAUCUGCAUCCUGAGACGCCUCAGACAGACCAAGUUCCGUCGCAAGGUCCGCAGUGAGAAACUCAUCCUGGCCAUCGUUGUGAUGUUUGGUAUCUUCUGGUUGCCAUAUCACCUCAUUAACAUAAUACAGGUGGUGGCUGAACAGUUUGAAGACAACUCAACAACGAAAAAGAGACUAGAUAUGGUAUGGCAGCCCAGUCGUCCUGUGACCUCCGCUCUGGCCUUCAUCAGCAGCUGUGCUAACCCUAUUCUCUACACCUUCGCUGGAAAAUCCUACAUCAGAGAGGACGGCAUUGCCUUCAUGGCUCGGCUCUUUGAGGGGACAUCUCUGGACACUGGGAUAAAGAAGGGAAUUGGACUAAAAGAUGCGUUGUCUUUCAGCAGCACUGGGGGCAAUGCUGUGAAGAAAGAAAAACACACACUUGUGUAGAGUUGCACUGCACAUGCUAUCCACUCAUCAUGACGAUGCACUGCUGCACACAGACUGCUUCAAAACCUUUACCUGUCCAUAUGGGACCAUCUGAAAGAAUCCCUACAAUAUUCAGUGCACCUCGUGUUAGACAAGUUUCUCACUAGACCCAAAUUCACUGCCACUAAUUUUUGUAAAUGCGUUUUGUAAAUGUGCCCCAAUUUUUUAAAAUACUUUUAAUACACUGCUUGAAUGUUUGUUGAAUCCCAUGUUGUAAAUACCACUUAUAAUACUGGGGAAUAUUGUGAUUAAAAGAUGUUAAAGGUU